UCUAUAUAUAUAUGUAUAUGUGUGAUUAGAAGAAGUGAAAGGGGAGAUAGAGGAAAGAUCACCAAAAGGCAAACAUUAAUAUUUUACAUCUCUCUAUUGUCAGCGCCAUUGACUAAUCUCUGCCGCCAUGAAACAACCUCGUAAAAUUUCAAAGGUUGUAAGAAAAUGGUUGAAUAUACCGAGCAGUGCAGAUGAAUUUCAUUCCGACUACACUAUAAACGAUGUGACAGGUAUGAGUGAAAGGAGAAGGAAGAGUUGCUCAGACGACGGUGGUUGCGUCGUCGUGCCCGAAGAAUUAUCAAGAAGUUGGUUGAUGAAUACUAGUGAUGGAAUUGAACAGCCAAGAUUUGAGGAAGAGGGAUCACAUUUAACAAAGAACCUCAGGAUGUUUGUGGGAACAUGGAAUGUAGGAGGCAAGACCCCAUACAAUGGAUCAGACUUGAGGGAAUGGUUAAACACUUCUCUCCCUGCCCACAUCUAUGUCCUUGGGUUCCAGGAAAUUGUCCCUCUAAAUGCAGGCAAUGUGCUAGGGGCCGAGGACAGCGGUCCAGCUGCCAAGUGGCUGUCUUUGAUUCGAGAAACAUUGAAUAAUGCCACAACCGACUCAAAUGCUUCUCCUCCUCCUCCUAUCCACAAUGUCAUCCAGCAAAGAGUCAACUGCUCGGAUUUGAUCUCAUUAGAAGAUGAACUUGAAGAAGAAGAUGAUGAUUUUGAGAGAUUUGUUAGCACCAACUCGGUUUCUUUCUCUAGGGACCAAGUUUCACCCAGUCCCAAUUGCACAAAACAAAACCAAUAUUGCCUAGUGGCAAGCAAGCAAAUGGUGGGAUUGUUCCUAUGCAUUUGGGUACUUGCUGACUUGCAUCAACAUAUACAAAAUCUAAAGGUUUCAUGUGUUGGCAGAGGUAUCAUGGGAUAUCUCGGAAAUAAGGGAUCAAUCUCAAUCAGCAUGACAUUGCACCAAACAACAUUUUGCUUUGUGUGCACCCACUUGGCCUCGGGGGAGAAAGAGGGCGACGAGGUCAGAAGAAAUUUAGACGUAAUGGAAAUCCUGAGAAGAACGAGGUUUAAUCAUUUGAAUAGAAUGGGAAGACAAUCAUCUCCUCCUCAUCAUCAUCCUGAUAAAAUCUUGGAUCACGACAAGAUCAUUUGGCUUGGGGAUUUAAACUACCGGCUUGCAUCGGGCAGUGAGGAGGACACAUUUGAGCUGCUAAAAAAGAGUGAUUGGCAAGCACUUCUGGAGAAAGAUCAGUUGAAGAUGGAACGAAAGGCGGGCCGUGUGUUCAAAGGUUGGAAGGAAGGCAGGAUAUAUUUCCCUCCAACAUACAAGUACCUCUCCAAUUCUGAACAUUAUGUUGUCCAAACCUCUGCUCCCUCCAAGCAAAAACAAAGGACUCCUGCCUGGUGUGAUAGGAUUCUAUGGAAAGGGGAAGGAUUAAAGCAGAUUUGUUAUGUUCGGGGCGAAUCCAAGUUCUCAGAUCACAGGCCCGUGUAUUCCCUUUUCUUGCUACCCAACGACAUCAAUCGUUAGCUCCCUCCCUCCCUCUAACAAUACAAUGCCCUAUGCCCCCGGGGCAUAUGGCGCAGUGGCAAAAAGUGAACCUGCUGAUGGCAGUGCCCCAGUGAG